CUAAGAAGGAUAAGACAUCAGUUUGAAAAGAGCCCCUAUCAGAACAACAUGAAUUCUGCUAAAAUUGAAGCAAGAACAAACAUCAAGUUUAUGGUGAAGCUUGGGUGGAAGAACGGUGAAAUUAUUGAUGCUUUACGAAAGGUUUAUGGGGACAGUGCCCCAAAGAAAUCAGCAGUUUACAAAUGGAUAACUCGUUUUAAGAAAGGGCGAGACAAUGUUGAAGAUGAAGCCCGCAGCGGCAGACCUUCCACAUCAAUUUGUGAGGAAAAAAUUAGUCUUGUUCGUGCUCUAAUUGAGGAGGACCGAAGAUUAACGGCAGAAGCAAUAGCCAAUACCAUUGACAUCUCAACUGGUUCGGCUUACACAAUUUUGACUGAAAAAUUAAAGUUGAGCAAACUUUCUGCACCCUGGGUCCCAAAAGUAUUGCACCCAGAUCAGCUGCAGACAAGAGCAGAGAUUUCAAUGGAAGUUUUAAAUAAGUGGGAUCAAGAUCCUGAUGCAUUUCUUCGAAGAAUUGAAACAGGAGGUCGAACUUGGCUUUACCAGUACAAUCCUGUAUGCAAAGCACAUUCAAAGCAGUGGUUACCAAGAGAUGGGAUUGGUCCAGUCAAAGCAAAAGUGGACAGGUCAAGAACAAAGCUUUUGCCUACCAAAAAGUUUUGGGAACCUGAUGAUUCAACAAAAGAUGGACAAAAAAGCAUAUUUCUUGGGGAUGAUGAAUGGAGAGAGACUGCAUGGGGAACUUCUCACCAUUCAAUGUCCCAGCCUAUCAUGGUACAGAGAAGAUCUGGACAGGGUUUUCAUGGAAACAGUGAAGUAAAUGCAGUACUGUCUCCGCGAUCAGAAAGUGGAGGCCUUGGUGUGAGCAUGGUAGAAUAUGUGUUAAGUUCUUCUCCUGCUGAUAAAUUGGAUUCUCGAUUUAGGAAGGGAACUUUUGGCACUAGAGAUGCUGAAACAGAUGGACCUGAGAAAGGAGAUCAAAAAGGCAAGGCUUCUCCAUUUGAGGAGGACCAAAACAGAGAUCUUAAACAAGGAGAUGAUGAUGAUUCUAAAAUAAAUGGCAGAGGUUUGCCAAAUGGAAUGGAUGCUGAUUGCAAAGAUUUUAAUCGUACUCCUGGAAGUCGUCAAGCCUCUCCAACUGAAGUAGUUGAGCGCCUAGGCCCCGGUACUAAUCCUCCAGAGGGAUUGGGGCCUCUUCCUAAUCCUACAACUAAUAAACCACUUGUUGAAGACUUUUCUAAUCCUGAAACUCAGAAUCUGGAUGCCAUGGAACAAGUUGGUCUGGAUUCCUUACAGUUUGACUAUCCUGGUAAUCAGGUUCCAAUGGACUCUUCAGGAGCUACUGUGGGCCUUUUUGACUACAAUUCCCAACAGCAGCUCUUUCAGAGGACUAAUGCACUCACGGUUCAGCAGUUGACCGCAGCUCAGCAGCAGCAGUAUGCAUUAGCAGCAGCUCAGCAGCCCCACAUAGCUGGAGUAUUCUCAGCAGGCCUUGCUCCAGCUGCAUUUGUGCCAAAUCCAUAUAUUAUUAGUGCUGCUCCUCCAGGAACUGAUCCAUAUACUGCAGCAGGAUUGGCUGCAGCAGCAACAUUAGCAGGUCCAGCAGUGGUUCCACCUCAGUAUUACGGUGUUCCGUGGGGGGUGUAUCCAGCCAAUUUAUUUCAGCAACAAGCUGCAGCUGCGGCAAACAACACAGCCAAUCAGCAGGCAGCAUCACAGGCUCAGCCUGGACAGCAGCAGGUUCUCCGUGCUGGAGCAGGUCAACGUCCUCUUACUCCCAGUCAGGGUCAGCAAGGGCAGCAAGCAGAAUCACUUGCAGCAGCUGCAGCAGCAAAUCCAACUCUGGCUUUUGGUCAGAGUCUUGCUACGGGCAUGCCAGGCUAUCAAGUACUAGCUCCAACUGCCUAUUAUGAUCAGACUGGUGCCUUAGUGGUUGGCCCUGGAGCAAGAACUGGCCUUGGAACUCCAGUUCGAUUAAUGGCUCCAACACCUGUUUUAAUUAGUUCAGCAGCAGCACAAGCUGCAGCAGCAGCAGCAGCAGCUGGAGGAACUGCAAAUAGUCUUACAGGCAGCACAAAUGGUCUGUUUCGGCCAAUUGGCACUCAGCCACCGCAGCAGCAGCAGCAGCAGCAGCAGCCGAGCACUAAUCUGCAGUCUAAUUCAUUCUAUGGGAGCAAUUCUUUAACUAACAGCUCCCAGAGCAGUUCUUUAUUCUCUCAUGGACCUGGUCAACCUGGAAGUACAUCGCUUGGCUUUGGAAGCAGUAGCUCUUUGGGUGCUGCUAUAGGCUCAGCCCUCAGUGGAUUUGGUUCAUCAGUUGGCAGUUCUGCAAGUAGUAGUGCCACAAGGAGAGAGUCUCUAUCUACUAGCUCUGACUUGUACAAAAGAUCUAGUAGCAGCCUAGCACCCAUAGGGCAACCAUUUUACAAUAGUCUGGGAUUUUCCUCCUCUCCAAGUCCAAUAGGCAUGCCUCUGCCAAGCCAAACUCCAGGACAUUCACUUACGCCACCGCCAUCACUUUCAUCACAUGGAUCCUCAUCCAGUUUGCACUUAGGAGGACUGACAAAUGGUAGUGGUCGCUAUAUCUCUGCAGCACCUGGAGCAGAAGCAAAAUACCGAAGUGCUUCAAGCACUUCCAGUCUCUUCAGCUCCAGCAGCCAGCUCUUCCCUCCUUCUCGGCUUCGAUAUAACAGGUCUGACAUUAUGCCUUCGGGCCGCAGUAGAUUACUCGAAGAUUUCAGAAACAACCGCUUCCCAAACCUUCAGCUUAGAGACUUGAUUGGACAUAUUGUUGAGUUUUCUCAAGACCAGCAUGGUUCUAGAUUUAUACAGCAAAAGCUAGAGAGAGCUACCCCAGCUGAGCGACAAAUGGUAUUUAAUGAAAUUCUACAGGCAGCCUAUCAAUUAAUGACAGAUGUUUUUGGAAACUACGUUAUACAAAAGUUUUUUGAGUUUGGGAGUUUGGAUCAAAAAUUAGCCCUGGCUACUCGUAUUCGUGGUCAUGUUCUGCCCCUUGCCCUGCAGAUGUAUGGCUGCCGUGUUAUUCAGAAAGCAUUAGAAUCUAUUUCUUCUGACCAGCAGGUAAUUAGUGAAAUGGUAAAGGAGCUAGAUGGUCAUGUACUCAAGUGUGUGAAAGAUCAGAAUGGGAACCAUGUUGUACAAAAAUGUAUUGAAUGUGUUCAGCCACAGUCGCUGCAGUUUAUCAUUGAUGCUUUCAAAGGACAAGUAUUUGUGCUUUCAACUCAUCCUUAUGGCUGCAGAGUGAUUCAGCGUAUCCUAGAGCAUUGCACGGCAGAACAGACCUUACCUAUCUUAGAAGAGCUUCACCAACACACAGAGCAGUUGGUACAGGAUCAGUAUGGCAAUUAUGUUAUUCAGCAUGUACUGGAACAUGGUCGACCUGAAGACAAGAGCAAAAUUGUUUCUGAAAUCAGAGGGAAGGUCUUAGCCCUGAGUCAACACAAAUUUGCCAGCAAUGUAGUUGAAAAGUGUGUUACUCACGCCUCUCGUGCUGAGAGGGCUUUGCUGAUUGAUGAGGUUUGCUGCCAGAAUGAUGGUCCUCACAGUGCCUUAUACACCAUGAUGAAGGACCAGUAUGCCAAUUACGUGGUUCAGAAGAUGAUUGAUAUGGCCGAACCUGCUCAGAGAAAGAUAAUCAUGCACAAGAUUCGACCUCACAUCACUACUUUGCGCAAAUACACAUACGGGAAGCAUAUACUGGCCAAGUUGGAAAAAUACUAUUUGAAAAAUAGCCCAGAUCUGGGGCCUAUUGGAGGACCACCAAAUGGAAUGCUAUAAAGGAAAAAAGAAAGAAGAUGAUUUAACAUAUGAAACAUUUCUUUUGUGAAUUAUCAAAACACAACUCAGCUAUGAAUCUUCAAAUUUUUUUUAAUGCAAAACUAUUUAUUGACUUCUUUCAUCCAUUUGUAAAUUUUUUAAGGUUCUUGUGUAUAUUUGGGGGUGGGGUGGUGAAUUAUAAAUUAUAUUCAGCCCUGAGUGGAGACCUAUCAGAUUGAGUUGCUGGCAAAGCACAGAAUGCCUGUAUAUGAUGUAACUGUAUCAAAAAAAACUGUCAUAUUUUGUAAAUUUUUACCUUGUAAAGUCACAAAAAUAGUUUUUAAAGGAAAAAGUACAGUAUUCUUUUAAUAAACUAGCUUGCAGUCUGGUAGGUCUACAACCCCAUAGCACAACAGGUUUAUAGAGAUGUAUAUAGAAUUAUAGUCCUUAUUUUUUUUUCUUUGCGUGACGCCUUUUAUAACACAUAACAAUCAACUGCAUAAAUAUUAUUAAUAUUUUAAAAAGAGAAAGUUAAGUUGUAUUUUGGUAAUUCACAAACUAUCAUGCAAAUUAAAACUCAGCAAGUGAAAUAAUAAAAUGAUUUGAGAUGGAAAGAACUUAUUAUUUACAGUGGACAUGGUUUUAAUACAAAUACUGCCCUACAGUGUGUCUGGCAAUGUACAGAAGUCUUGUAUAUACUUAAAUAUGUAAUUGUUGUAAGAGUUAGAAAAAAAAUCAUGAUGACACUUCCAUCCAUUUAAGUGCGCUAAGUGGAAAGUUAAGUCUCAUUAACUUUUCAGUUUGGUUUGCAAUGAGAAAGAGUGGAAAUUUGUGUUUUGUUUUGCUUAUAGAAUUACAAAGACGUGUUGAGCUUUAUUUUGCUUUUUCAUAGUAGAUGCAGAAAGUAGGAACCAGAUAGAGGUGAAAAGGGGCCAUUGAAAAGUGAUUUUGAUAGCUCAACAUUUAAGCAUGAUUACAUAUUCAGAUAGCUUUUGUUGCUCCCUAUAAAUAUAUGCAUUGUGUGUGUAGUAAUAGAUGUAAGUUUACACUUUGAAAGCAGAUCUUGUUUCAAUGUUUAUUAUAAAAAGCCUUGCUAAUUUAGUAGUGACACUUUCCUUGGUUGUACAGGUGUACAUUUGUAAACCUUCAUGCUGUAAAUGGAAUUUGUUUUACCUCUUUGGAAAACAUUUGCAUCUUAGUGUACAUUUAUGUCCCUGCCCUCUUUGACCUGGCAAAAUAGUGUUGUAUAAUGUAAAUUUAUUUCUCCAAAUCAAGAGUGAUUUUUUUAAAAAUUUUUUAACUUUAUAUGGUUUCAGAAGUAUGAACCAGCUUUCUUUUUAUUAUUGUGAGAAGCAUUUUGUUUUAUAACAUAGUUGUUGACUCUGUUAAUAUGGACAUGCUAGGCAUUUGGAUCAUUUUCAACUGAAGUCAGGGUAUUGUGCAUAAUAGAAAGUAUUGGACUGAGA